AUGGUAGACGCAUCCUCGGCCUUCUCCCCUCUGCCAUUCUGUGCAGGCGUGUUGAGAAUCUACGGCUACGUGGCUGUGGUGGGGGCGGUGAUCUUUGUCGUUAUCCAGCUUGUCAGCAUGCUCAACUUCGUCUUUGUGUGGAAUGACACGUGGCAGGCAAACAAGAAAUGGCACGUGUUGGCAGGAGUGGUAACCGGAGCAUGUCACUUGGCAGUGGCAGCAGCAGCAGCGCUCAUGUGCCUGCACGUGUUGGCAGCAGUGGUAACCGGAGUAUGUUACGUGGCAGUGGCGCCAGCAGCUGCACUCAUGCAUCUCUUCUUCGCGCCCUCCUCCUCCUGCUCGCUCAAUCUCUUCUUUCACUCUCCUCCCACCACUCAGGCACGUGAUGGCAGCAGUGGUAACCGGAGUGUGCACGUGUUGGCAGCAGUGGUAACCGGAGUAUGCUACGUGGUAGUGGCGGCAGCCGCAGCGCUCAUGUAUCUCUUCUUCGUGCCCUCCUCCUCCUGCUCGCUCAACCUCUUCUUCAUCUCCUCGCUGCUCAUCCUCGUCCUCCUCCUCACCCUCGUCUGCCUCCUCCCAGCCGUGAGUAUCGCCCUCCCAGCCGUGAGUAUCGCUCCCCUCUAG